AAUGAAAUUGAUCUUUAUAAUUCAAUUGAUCCAAAUGAAUCCAAGCAUAAAAGAACUGACAGAUCUGUCUUAUGUAGUUUAUGAAAAGGAGAAAGGGGUGUCUUCAGGGUAGGUUCUUCCAGCAACUUGCAGUAUAGGACAGAAGGAAUAAAAAUACUAUGGAUGCCAAAGUACCAGAGGACCGUCAUUGGCUCCAGUAGGGGUUCACUGUCUCAUUCUGAAUGUAGCAGCCCCAGCCCGGUAACCCCACCGCAGUCGCUGCUUAACCUGGAGACCUCGUCCUUUGCCAGUAGCCAGUUGCAGAACUCACUUUCCACCCUGCCCAGCUCCUGGCUAGAACCCGUGAGCAGCCAUUCCACUCCACAAGGCAGUAGAGCUGCAACUCUUGACAGCCAUUCCAUAACUGAUACUGUGAAUGAAAAGGAUGAAGGGAUCACGACACCUCCAUCCAAGCAGACCACCCCAACCACCAAUCCCUGCAAUUCAAUCAGGGCACUUUAUGACCGGAUGGCAGAAGUGGAGCAGGACUUGAGCUUCAAGAAGGAUGACAUUUUGUAUGUCGAUGACACUCUGCCGCAGGGGAACUUUGGUUGCUGCAUGGCGUGGCAGCUGGAUGAAAACGCCCAAAAGCUGGAAAGAGGACAGAUUCCCAGCAAAUACAUGAUGGAGCAGGAGUUCUACAGGAGGCACAGCAUGUCCGAAGCUAAAGAUGAAAACAGCUCUGCAAAGACAUCAUCGGCGGCAGCUCGGAGGUCGUUCUUUAGGAGGAAGCACAAGCACAAACGUAGCGGGUCCAAAGAUGGAAAGGAACUGCUAGCCCUUGACACCAUCAGCACAGACUCCAUCCCUUUUUUGGAUGAUUCUGUAAACCUUGCUUAUCAACGAGUCCAGAAAGUGGACUGCACGUCUCCCAGGCCUGUGCUUAUUCUAGGGCCAUUACUUGAUGCUGUGAAGGACAUGCUAGUCAAGGAAUCUCCAGGAAAAUUGUGCUGGUAUCCUCUUGAGGUGAUGAAAGCUUCUCAACAAGCCAUCGAGCGGGGUGUGAAAGACUGUUUAUUCAUAGAUUAUAAACGUAGGAGUGGACAUUUCGAUGUGACAACUGUUGCCUCAGUAAAGGAGAUAACAGAGAAGGACUGUCACUGCCUCUUGGACAUUGCUCCUCAUGCCAUCGAACGGCUCCACAGCAUUCACAUCUACCCAAUCGUCAUUUUUGUCCGUUACAAAAAUGCCAAGCAGAUCAAAGAGCAAAAAGACUCCGUCUUCCUGAGGGACAAAGUUACGCAGAAACAUUCUAAAGAACAGUUUGAGACUGCUCAGAAGAUAGAACAGGAAUAUAACAAGUACUUCACAGGGAUUGUCCAGGGAGGCCCUCUUUUGAUCAUUUGCACUCAGAUCAUGAUAACAGUUGAUCAAGAACAAAACAAGGUCCUGUGGAUUCCUUUUUCAUAAGACUGAUGCUGCAAGCAACCUGUUCUGAUUCUCCUACCCCAGUCUUUACUUUAUCACAUUUAGGUAGUCUAUGUAAUUGGAAGCUUACAUUGCUCAAGCUUUGUUCUUUUGGUGUGUAAUAGCCAUAGAGAUUUUUAUUUAAUUAGAAUUGCAGCCUCUAUUAUAGGGAUAUGACAACCUCUGGUGUGGUCCUGUAACUUGUUAGUUUUGCCACUGUCGAAAAAUGUGUCUGUUUUGUUUUUUAAUUUUUGUUACAAUAUAUUUUAUGAACUAAAAAAAGUCACUGUAUGAAAACAAAAAAAGUUAAAGAAACUGAGUAUUGUGUUAAAAUAAAGGUCAAUUUCUAUAA